GUGACGUCUCCAAUUUCAUACAUUUGUCGCCCUCUCGAUUUUGUCACUUGUCGCGGACAGCACAGUGCUCCAAUUACCAAUUUCCUCUUUCGCUUUUGUGGCCUCCGCUGGGCACUGAGCUGCUGCGACUCACUCAGAGCCCUGCCCCCAAUUCUUCUUCCCCCCCAAACCCUAAUUUUGGAGCUCAGGAGCUCCGAUUUCCGCAGUGCUCUUUAAACAAAGUUCAAAUGGGGAGUGUGGCGGAUCAUAGCUCUGAAGAUGAUACUGAUAUGAGUGAAACAGAAUUGGAUGAGGAGGUAGAAGAAUAUUAUGAAGAGCUGAAGAAUGGAAAACACAGUGUGAGAAACUCAGAUGGGACAUAUACUUGCCCUUUCUGCCCGAAUAAGAAAAAGCGGGGUUCUGUUCGCAAGGACCUUCUCCAACAUGCUUCUGGGGUGGGAAAGAGUACUUCAGAAAAGAGAAGCACAGAAGAAAAGGCCAAACACUUAGCUGUGGUGAAAUAUUUGGAAAAUGAUCUAGCAGCUGAAGGUGGCCCAUCUAAACGUGUGGGUGAGGAAGAACCCCCAAUUGAUUGUGACCACGAUGAAAAGUUAGUGUGGCCUUGGACAGGGGUAGUGGUUAAUAUUCCAACCAGACGGGCCAAUGAUGGGCGAUACGUCGGGGAAAGUGGAUCGAAACUGAGAGAUGAGCUAAUAAGGAGAGGGUUCAAUCCCUUAAGGGUGCACCCUUUAUGGAAUUUUCGGGGUCACUCGGGAAGUGCGAUCGUGGAGUUUAGGAAAGAUUGGCCUGGCUAUGUUAAUGCCAUGUCAUUUGAGAAGGCGUAUGAUGUAGACCAUCAUGGAAAAAAGGACUGGGAGAUUAACAGUGACCAAAAAUCUGGACUUUAUGCUUGGGUUGCUCGUUCAGAUGACUAUAAAGCUUCUAAUAUUGUUGGAGAACACCUCCGCAAGAUUGGAGACCUUAAAUCAAUUUCUGAAAUUACGGAGGAAGAAGCCAGGAAGCAGGAUAGACUAGUAACUAAUCUUAACAACAUCAUUGAGGUCAAGUACAAAGACUUGGAAGAGAUGGAGCUGAAAUGUAGUGAAACUACAAACUCCAUUAAGAGCGUAAUCACAGAGAAAGAAAAGAUCAUUCAGACUUAUAAUGAAGAGAUUAAAAAGAUACAGACGAGCGCUCGGGAUCACUUUCAGAGGAUUUUUGGCGACCAUGAAAAACUUAAGUUGCAACUCGAAACUCAAAAGAAAGAGCUAGAGUCCCGCAUAGAAGAAAUGGAGAAGCGUGCAGUUGCCAACGAAGAUGAAAGUAGGAAGCUUGCUGAGGAGAUUGAAAAGAAUUCCAUAAAAAAUAGUUCUCUUCACUUGGCUUCUAUGGAGCAACUGAAGGCUAAUGCAAAUUUAUUGAAACUGGCUGAAGAUCAGAAGAGGCAAAAGGAACAGCUCCACAAUAAAAUAAUUAAGCUGCAACAGCAACUGGAUACAAAGCAAACUCUUGAAUUGGAAAUUGAGCAACUAAGAGGGAACUUAAAUGUUGUAAGGCGCAUGGGGGAUGACGGUGAUGUUGAAGUGCUGAAAAAGGUGGACAACAUGAUCAAAGGCUUGAGAGAAAAGGAAGAAUCACUAGAAGACUUAGAAGCUUUAAAUCAAACUUUAAUUGUAAAGGAGCGCAAGAGCAAUGAUGAGCUGCAGGAAGCCCGGAGGGAAUUGAUUAAUGGAUUGAAGGAAAUAUCAAGUAGUGCACAAAUUGGUGUUAGGAGAAUGGGUGAGCUUGACAGUAAACCGUUCCAAGAAGCACUGAAGAGAAAGUAUAAUGAGGAAGAAGCAGAAGAGAAGGCAAUGGAGCUGUGCUCCUUGUGGGUAGAAUACCUGAAGGACCCAGAAUGGCAUCCUUUCAAAGUUACUACAGUCGACGGGAAGCAUAAGGAAGUUAUAUCCGUCGAGGAUGAAAAAUUGAAAGAUUUGAAGAAAGAACUGGGUGAGGAAGUGUGCAACGCUGUAAUAUCAGCUUUAACAGAGAUCAAUGAAUACAACCCUAGUGGCAGGUACAUUACGUCGGAAUUGUGGAACUACAAAGAGGGACGAAGGGCUUCACUAAAAGAUGGAGUUGCAUUUAUUCUGAAUCAGUGGAAAACAAAGAAGCGGCGGAUGGAGCUGGAUUACUAAAGUUCCAUCUGGCCAGCUUAAAGGAUCAUCCUCCCAACACAGAAUUGCUGAAUAAGUGGCUAACCUGAAGGAGGACUCUGCCUUUAGAUGCAUUCGUAGUGUAAGCUUUCCCAGUCAAUAUGUGGACAGACGGGACAGUACCCAACUUCUUAUUCAAACUCUCAGGGAACGGAAACCGUUUCGUCAUUUCACCUCUAUAAAGGUUUGUUCCCGAGAGCGAACUAUCGGUAUCCGACUUUGGGUGUAUCUGUAUUUAACAAUGUACAAUACUCCUGCAAACUUUUUAAGUUCCUUUGUCUAUCAUUUGCCACCUGAA